AUUUUGAUCACAUGUUAUGAAAAAUGUUAUUUUAAAGUUGAUUUUAAUUAGUUUUAUCGUAAGAUUCUUUUUGAUUACUUUUGCAAUUUUUAUUUCUAACUUCCCAAAGUUACACAUUCCAAAGUACCAGCACGAUGUCGCUGUAAUCAACAAUAAUUUUAACUAUAAAGAUGAAAAUAAAAGUAAAUAUUUAAAAGUUAAAGGUAGAAAAUGUUUAAAGGGGGAUUACAAAUUCCCAGUAACUACUUUCUUUGGAUUUUUGAAUUGCAAUCCUGAUUUUAACCCUAAUAUACAGAGUUUUAAUGGAAGUAACAAGGUUGAAAGCGAAGAAUUUGUGAAUAUAGAAAAGUUAAAUAGAUUUUGGUUAAUAUUAAUACCAUUUAUAACCUGGGAUGGUGAGAGAUUUUUGAUAAAUAGUUUGAAUAAUUUAAUUUACACAAAGGAAGAAUCAUGUGCAUUCUUCCCUUUUUACUCAUACUUUUUAAACUUAAUCGCAAAUUUCACACAAAAAAUACUCAAAUUCUUCAACAUUUUAGUUCCUAGUCCUUUUUUAUUAAUUUUAAUUGGCUUCAUUUUAAACAAUAUUUUGUCAAUUUUCAACAGUGUUUUAAUAUAUUUAAUAUUGAGUAAGGGUAUUUUUAGUACAGAAUCCAGAAUCAAAACACUUCCGAAUAAGGUUAAAAGUAAAAAAACUCCCAAAGUAGUUGAACUCAAAGUGACUGAUCAAGAUGAAUUCACCAAAUCGGCAGGUUCAUUUACCACAUUAGUCUAUAAUAUAUCUCCAGCAUUUAUAUUCACAACUGCAUUGUAUACUGAGCCUUUAUAUACAACAUUAAAUUAUUCGGUCUUAUUAUUGGUAUAUAAACUAAACUCUCAAUUGAAACAACAAUCUGACAGUAACGUAGAUCACAAUAAGGUACAAUUUUCUGAAAGUAGUUUUAAUCAAUUGUUGACUGAGUUAUUUGUAGUUUUUUUAAUAUUUGCUAAUUGCUUUACAAGAUCAAACGGUAUACUUUUAUUAAUUCCAUUUUCUUUAUACUUGCUUAAGACUUUCCCCCUGUACAACCUGAUUAAGAGUAAACUGCUUAGAACCCAUCUAACUACAAAUAGGGAUAACAAAAAUUUGAAACGAUCAGAUGAAAAUUCUAAGGUUAAUUACAUAUUGAAAUUUGUAUUAAUAAAUGCAUGUUACCUUUUAAAGUUUUUGUGUUAUUUGUACAUACUGUUACUGCCAUUUUUGUUAAUACAAUUGUAUGGGUAUAAAUUAUUUUGUAAUCAAUUAGUUGAAAAUAAAACAUUAACUCAAAAUGUCAGUAACUUUAGAAUUGAUACUUUCAUUAAAAACAAUAUACUAAUUAAUCCGAUCAGUUUGAUUAAAUUAUUUAUACCUAAAAAACUAACUAAAUCCCUUUAUAGCUCAGUUAAGUCACGACUUGAUAGAGAAAGACGUGGUAUUUACGUUAAUGAAUUCUGUAGAGAUGGAUUUAAUUUAAUAUAUAAACAUGUACAGAGUAAGUAUUGGGGACUGAAAUUAUUUUAUUCCUUUGACUCACUUAACAAUUUUGUCCACUUCAUAUAUACCUUCCCGAAUCUUUUAGUGGUGAUGAUAUAUUUAUCAAGAGUACGAAGGAACUUAAAAAGAAAACGAAUGGGUUUCAUUAAUUUGAUGUUCGAAUUCGUUGAAAAUUACGAAUUAAAUCUCAUCUUCCACUUAAUUGUUACCUUCCUGUCUCUGAUUUUGUUUUCACAUAUACAGAUUUUCUUCAGACAGUCCUUGACAUUGAUACAAUUCUCAUUCCAAUUUACAGCCAUAUUACACUAUUUCUCUAGGAAUAAAGGGAAAUUGACAAUUUUUUAUAAAUUGCUGUACAUUUAUAACAUAAUACUAUGCUUCGUGGGAGUCAUAUUAUUUUCAAAUUUUGUCGGAUGGACAUAA